CUUCCCAUCCCUGCUUCAGAGCUUCGUUAUUUUAUUUUUACUUUAUAAUUAGAAAGCAAAGAAAACAUUUCAUUUUAAUUAUUUUUUUUCCAAAAUUUUCGGAAUUUUCUAGCAAGAUCUCAGCAAUUAUGUUGGGAAUAUUCAGCAGCACGGUCAUGUCGCCGCCGGACGAGCUUGUGGCCGCCGGCUGCCGGACUCCGUCGCCGAAGAUCUCAUCGACGGCGCUGGCGAAGCGGUUCGCCGACACCAACGCCGCCGCCGUCUCCGUCCAGAUCGGCGACCACGGCCAUCUCGCCUUCACUCACCACAACCAAUCUCCCUUGCGCCCCAGAUCGUUGGGUGUGAAGGACGAAAUCUUCUGCUUGUUCGAAGGAGCCCUAGACAAUUUAGGAAGCUUGAGGAACCACUACGGCCUUCCAAAAUCCGUCAAUGAAGUAAUCUUAGUAAUCGAAGCUUACAAAGCUCUCCGCGACCGGGCGCCGUAUCCGGCGGAGCACGUCGUCGGCCAUCUCAGCGGCAGCUUCGCCUUCAUCCUCUUCGACAACUCCACCUCCACUCUCUUCGUCGCCUCUGAUCAAUUCGGGAAGGUGCCUCUGUAUUGGGGAAUCACGGCCGAUGGAUACGUCGCGUUCGCCGACGAUGCAGGGCUUCUGAAAGGCGCUUGCGGAAAAUCACUGGCCUCGUUUCCUCAAGGCUGCUACUUCUCCACUGCGGUGGGAGAAUUGAGAUGCUAUGAGAAUCCGAAGAACAAGAUAACCGCGGAGCCUGCUCCUGAAGAAGAGAUUUGGGGCGCAAAAUUCAAGGUGGAGGGGCCAACGGUGGUGGCGGCCACGGGGUUGGGGCAUCUCAAUUUCCCAAUGGAGAUUUCAUAAAUCUAUUUGGAGGAAGUGGAAGGAAGGUUAAGAUGUGGUGAAGAAUGGUUUGUUUUUAAGGGCACUGUAAAUAUGAGCCCUUGAGCAGUAGACAUUGGAAAAGAUAUGCUUUAAUUUAGGGCAUCUCAAUUUCCCACCUGUUUCUGCUUUUCUUUAAUAAAAGCGUCUUCAAGAAUUUGAUCA